ACCCGGCUGUUGUUCCAGCCCAGGCUCCUCCUCACCUUCUUGGUGCUCUUGGCGCUUAUCCUCACCUACCGCACCAGAAACGACAAUGGCCUAGCCCUUGAAGACGCUUUGUACUUGACCAAGAACUCGCUCAGGGAGCUCAAGCAGCUGUACUUGCCCUCCAAGGAGCAAAAGCUCCACCAUGACGCGGUGGAAAUCGACUACCCGCUCGGAAACGCCGUCAAUUCGUUUCUCCCCAUAGACGCCACCAUCAAGUACAACACCACGGAACGCUCUGGCAACAUCACCACCAACGAGCUCAGAGCACGCUACGCUGCGUUCAGCCCCAUUUUGAACCACCAGGUCAGGGGAAACUUCCAUAUCUUGGCUGACGGUGCCUGUUCUCCCGUGGAGCUAGGGGAAGAGCACACCAACAAGAUCCUCAUUGUGAUGCGAGGCAACUGCACGUUCGUAGAGAAGGUCACCAACAUCCUUGGCUCCAACUCGAAGCCGCUCGCGGUGAUCGUGGCCAACGACGAGCCCUACCGCGGCUUGGUGACCAUGUUCUCCAACUCGUUCAACCAAGACGGCUCGUUGCGGUUGCCAGUGAUGUUCGUGUCGUACGAGUCGUACCAGUCGCUCCUGGCAGUGGAGUCGCUCGAUGUGGUGUUGACAUUGUCCACUGCGUCUUUUGGGAGCUGGCUCAGCAUCAUGCUCUCGAUGAUCUUGUCGCCCCCUUUGUUGAUCUUGAUCUUCUACUUGGUGGUGAUCUGUGGCCAGAAUAUCAAAAAACGCCAGGCCAGCUUGCUCAACUCCAAGUUGGUUCGGGAGUUGACCGUCUAUAUCUUCAACAAUGACCACUUGAUCGAGGCAAACGGGUUGGCCCACUAUUUGAAGGUCACAGGCCAGACCACCAACACCCCCAAGGAUGACUCGCUCGUAGAGUCGCCCUCCACGAGCACAACCUCGUCAACUUCUCACUUGAACAAGAUCAUCAUCAACGGGAUUGAUAUCAGAGAAUCGGCCCAAAACUUACAUGUGUUGACUGCCCCUGGCGAUUUCUAUCCAUCCUACAAGUGCUCUAUUUGUUUGGACAAGUAUACUCCUUUGCACUCGAGGGUUUUGAUCUUGGACUGCAAACACUUCUACCACGAGCGGUGCUUGUCUAACUGGUUGAUUAACUUCAAAAGAAGCUGUCCAUUGUGUAACACGGUGAUCAGUGCCCCCAACGAGUCUCUUCUUGCUGGUCAAGACAGAGCAUUCCAUUACGGCAGCACCGAUAACGACCUUGAGGCCCAGAAU